UUGGUUGUAGGUUUUUCCGGCAUAGUUGGGUUUUACGAGCAGGUGCUACUGCAUCGCUGAACGCUGACUGAGUGGAUUCCGAUCGAAGAAGUGAAAAGCUGGUUCUUACGCUCCUGAGGAAUCCGUUGAAUCUCUACCAUAGAAGAAAGUAAACAAGAUUUUGGAUAGGAGAUAAUACGAGAAAACUUUCACAGACAAGAUCUCUGGACGAUGUUUCUGAAGGUCGUGUUACCACUGCUACUGUGCCCGUUUGUUUUUCUACUCAUGUCCUCGGCGGCCAUGGAAGAUACCGGCUUUAUCUAUAAUGGAUUUCGAGGUGCCAAAGUUAGCCUGGAUGGCGAAGCACAGAUCAUACCCAACGGGCUCUUGAUGCUAACGAAUCAAUCUAAACGACAAUUAGGCCAUGCCUUCUAUCCCUAUCCGCUCCACUUCAAGAAUCUACCGGACGGCAAUGUUUUCACAUUCUCUACCACUUUUGUAUUUGGGAUCCUCCCCAAGUACCAAAAUUUUUAUGGUCAUGGAAUUGCUUUCGUGAUCACACCUUCAAGAGCGCUACCCGGAGCUCGACCGACCCAGUAUCUAGGCAUCUUCAAUGAAUCCAACAACGGUAAUCAGUCCAAUCAUGUUGUUGCAGUAGAGCUCGACACCAUCAAGAACAGUGAGUUCUCAGAUAUCAAUGACRACCAUGUYGGUAUCGAUAUUAACGGCUUGACGUCUGUUUCUUUUGCCCAAGUAUCGUAUGCUAUCGAUCAAAGUGAUAACCGUAAGAAUCUAAGCCUCGUAAGUGGGAAACCAAUUCAAGUAUGGAUAGAAUACAAUGGCGUAGAAGGACAGAUGAAUGUAACGUUGGCUCCAAUUGAUGUUCCUAAACCCCACAUCCCCCUUCUUUCCUAUUCCCGCAAUCUUUCUCCGUUCAUGGAGGAUUCCAUGUACGUUGGCUUCUCAUCAUCGACGGGCUCCUUUUCUACUUCCCAUUACGUGUUGGGAUGGAGCUUUAAGAUGAAUGGACCUGCUAAAGAGCUCACCAUCUCCCAACUUCCUAAGCUACCUCGACUAGGGCCAAAAAAGCAAUCCAAAUUUGUGACGUUGGGAUUGCCCCUUAUUGGCCUAGUUUUAGCGUCCACAGUACUCACCAUCAUCCUCUUCAUCGUGAGAAGGAAGAGAAGGUUCGCUGAAGUUGUGGAAAAUUGGGAACUAGACUAUGGGCCUCAGAGGUUCAAAUACAAAGAUCUUUACACCGCCACCAAGGGAUUUAGGGACAAGGAGCUUCUGGGUAUAGGCGGUUUUGGUAGGGUUUAUAGAGGUGUGUUACCCACCUCCAAAACCCAAGUAGCAGUGAAAAGAGUACGUCAUGAAUCUAGACAAGGAUUAAAGGAAUUUGUCGCUGAGAUUGUAAGCAUGGGUCGGCUGCGGCACCGAAACUUGGUACAGCUCUUGGGCUAUUGCCGGCGUGAAAGAGAGCUUCUGUUGGUGUAUGAUUACAUGCCCAAUGGAAGUCUAGAUAAGUUCAUCUUCAGCCAACCAAAGGUCACAUUGAAUUGGAGUCAAAGAUUUCGAGUCAUCAAAGGAGUAGCUUCUGGGCUAUUUUAUCUGCACGAAGGAUGGGAACAGGUGGUUGUUCACAGAGAUGUCAAGUCCAGCAAUGUGUUAUUAGAUAGUGAAUUUAAUGGAAGGUUAGGAGAUUUUGGCCUAUCAAGAUUAUAUGACCGUGGAACCGAUCCCAAAACCACCCAUGUGGUAGGAACGCUUGGUUACAUUGCGCCAGAGAUUACUACAACCAGAAAGGCAUCACCGAGCACAGAUGUUUUCAGUUUUGGGGCCUUUAUGCUUGAAGUGGCAUGUGGGAGAAGGCCGAUAGACCCACAAGCGUCAUCGGAAGAGAAUGUAAUUUUGUUGGAUCGGGUGUUCUCUUGUUGGAGUAGAGGUAAGAUUCUGGAGACAGUGGAUCCAAAUCUGGGUAGUGAUUAUAGAGUUGAGGAAAUGGAUUUGGUAUUGAAGCUUGGCCUGCUUUGCUCUCACUCUAUUCCGACUGCUAGGCCGACCAUGCGGCAGGUGGUGCUGUUUUUGGUCGGUGAUAUCCCUCUACCAGAAUCAUCUUUGCAUGGUCUCAGUGAAAGUGGUCUAGCAUUUGCACAUCAUGAUGAAGGCUUCGAUAAGUUUGCCACGUGGCAACCUUCUUCCUCUCUAGAAAAGACAUCGACUACACAACUAUCGUUAGUUACAGACUCCCUCCUCUCAACCGGCCGUUGAACUUUAUUUAUUUGUUGGAUUAGAAAACUUGUAGUUUGAAGGAUGCUAGACAUGCUGGAAAAAGGAAAGAAAAACAAAAGAUAUGCAUUUUACAUGUCCGGUUGUUGAUUUUUCAAUAAAAACGACUUCAAAAUGCUUCACGAAA